AUGCUACGAAAUGUCAUGAUAUCGAAUCUAAGCCUUAAGGUUUAUUCAAGUGUACUUUUUUCCAGGAGAUUUUACCAUGCAAUAGGCUCAGGUCCUCAUGGAAUUGAAGGUAGAUUACCAGGUAACAGAACAAAGAUAGACGAAGGUGAAAAUUCGAAUAAUCAGGUUGCAAUCACGGAUCCCUUUGUAUUAUAUCAAAACUAUGUGUCUCAGGGAUUACUUGAAAAAGAUGAACAACAAUUACGGGCGAUGAAAGAGUUUCAAAAAUUGUAUUAUAGAGUAGUCGAUUACAUUCCACCUGAAGAGCUUCUGAUCAAAAUGAGUCUUCUUUUGAGGAAGAUAGAGCUCAAACAAGCAGAGAGUACUUUGAGAGGUAGCGAUUCCGAUGUACCUACUUUCAGAUUAGUAUCUGUACGAAGGAUAUUUGGAAAAGAUCCUGAGCUGGAGAAGAGGCAAUUGGUGAGAUAUAUUAAUGACGAUGAAGAACUUCAAAAUUUUGCAUCACCGAUGGGACUUUUGGUGAAUGGUGAAGUAGGCUGUGGCAAGUCCUUAUUGAUGGACAUUUUUGCGACGUCCUUGCCUCAUAAAUCAAAGAUGAGAUGGCACUAUAACAAUUUUAUUCUUUGGGUAUAUACUGAAAUGCAUAAGAUCCAGCAAGAAAGAAUAUUGACAGCCAACUUAAACAUCACAACUGGACGAGAUAAAAUGACUAUGGAAAAUGAGUUUAUUCUUUUUGAGAUAGCCCAAAAGAUGAUCAAUAGGAGUACAAUAUUAAUGCUCGACGAGUUCAUGCUUCCAGACAUUGCUUCUGCGAAUAUUGUUAAAAUUCUAUUCACGUACUUCUUUAAAUUGGGAGGUGUAUUAGUUGCAACGUCAAACAAGCUCCCUGAAGAGCUUUAUUCUAAUGCAUUCAACAAGACUAAGUUCAAAGAUUUUAUUGGCAUUUUACAUGCCAGAUGCCAAUCCAUAGAUAUGAGGUCUACAAGAGAUUAUAGAACAUUAGCGGCCUCAGCAUCAUCAAAUGAGCCAUUUUCUGUCGUUAAGCUAGAUAAUCCAGACCAUGAGAAACAAUGGUCAACUUUAGUGAAAACACGAGCACUUGCAUAUCCUCCCGAUUCAGAGAUUGUGAAAGUAGAUGUUCCUUUGAAGCUGCUCGGUAAACCCUCAUCAUUCACAGUGUAUAACAGAACGACUCAUGUUCCUUUAACAUUUAAUGAUUCGGUUUGCUACUUGGACUACUCUUUCAUAUGCCAGGGACUAUUUUCGUCGUCAGAUUAUAUCAGUUUGGCAUCUAUUUUUAAUACUAUUGUCGUCGAUAAUGUCCCCAUUAUGACCAUGAAGAUGAAAAAUGAGGCAAGGAGGUUCAUUACACUUUUGGACGCAAUAUAUGAAGCGAAAUGCCAGUUCUUUAUGAGAAGCGAAGUAGCCGUUGAUGAUUUAUUCUUUCCAGAUGCAUUAUCCUCUAAGAAUCCUUCAGUUUUAAAAAUAUUGCAAGAAAGGCAAGAUAAGAUGGGAACUUUGGAUGUUCAAGAUGAAGAAAUGUACGCAAAGACCACAAUGGAUAUUUCAAAUCCUUAUAGACCGAAUGUGUCGUCUUAUGAUGAGAAUAGUACAUUUAGUGAUAUCAAAUCUACCAAAAAUGGGACCUCAAAUGGAAAUAAGGAGGAUAACAAUCCAAAAGAUCCUGUUGAUUUCAAAGAUACAAGGGCAUUUACCGGAGAAGAUGAAAAGUUUGCCUAUAAAAGGGCAGUAUCCAGGAUUAAAGAGAUGACAAGAUCAGAAAAUUGGAGGUUAAAGGCACAAUGGGUUCCGAUAGACGAAUCAAUGAGACCCUGGGAGUCUUCUUAUUCUCCAGGAUUGCUGAAAGGUGCACCAUAUACCAAAAGAAACGAAACUGUGCUUGAUAGAGAUAUAGACAAUUUGAUAAAUGAAAACAAGUCUCUCGACAAGAUAGCAAAGCAGAUAUUGACAAAUACGAACGCAAGAGAGUAUUCAAAGAGCAAAGGCAUCCCAUUAGCCACUUUGAAUGUAGCACUUGCACCGAUUUUCAAUAGUCUCAAUCAUUUUUGGAAAAUGGGCUCAUGGACAAAUAAACAGGGUAAAAGGUUACGGGAUUCUAUACUGAAGUCCUGGAUAAGAUCCAGUAUCAGGGAUGAUGACGAUAAGUAA